AAUUGAAGAGAAGAACGACACACAUGUGAUUUAGAAGAAGAAGAUGUGCAGAAGAUCGGAUAUCUUUAUAACUAUAGGUUAUUAGUGUUCAAUCAGCGUUUAGAGUAAUUUAAGCAAUUUAACUCUACCAUGCAUAAGUGAACACAGCAUAAAAUAACACGUUCGUGUCAUUCAAAUGUUAUUGUGCCCUCAAGAGCAGGAACAAUGCGUUGCCAGCUAAUGAUCUGUGCGGUUCUCGGAUUAUUCCUAACAUUCCACAUCAAAAUUAACGAUGCCGUCGUCUUCAAGUUUACAAACUACGUCUGCGAGAGUUACAACCAAUCCUGGUUCGUGUUCCACAACUAUCGUCUGAAAGCCGUCAGUCGAAACAAAGUGCUCCUCAAUAUGAAUGGUACGAUACUGCAUCCGGCCAACAAUAUUUCAAUUCAUGGCAGAAUUUUCAAAAAGGCAAACGGCUACAAGCCCUGGCUUUUCGAUUUUUUCUUUGAUGCCUGUCAGUACUUGAGAAAACGGAAUCAACCUGUUUUUAAUAUAAUCUAUGGGCUCUUCAAUCAGUUUAGUAACAUAAACCACUCAUGCCCCUACGUGGGUCCACAGAUUGUCAAGGACUUUUAUCUAAGACCUGAGCUACUGCGUCUUCCCUUUCCAACAGGGGAUUAUUUAUUGGCGCUUCAGUGGUACUUCGAUAAGAAGCUACAGUUUGAUACGAAUGUUAGUUUUACAUUCGUGGAGGAUCUAAUGAAGAGCAAAUAGUGGGAAUCACCUGAAUAAAGAUUCAGUGGAUUCCUGAAAACAACAGUAGAAAAUGUAUUUUACCGAUUAAUCAAAUAUAUGUAUGGGCUAAUCCGUGAUAUUUGACUGAUCGUUGUAUGAAACGAAAGGGAAAUAGCAACGGAAAUUGAAAAGGGGAAACGGUUAGGAUGCAGCGUAAACCAUUGGGAUGUGGUCCACGCUGAUCGUCCGUGUUCUUUUUGGAUUGUUCCUAGCAUCAAACUUCAGCUACAACCUCUAUAUUUGAGAUUGUAUAAAAAGUAUUCUCUAUAAUACAUACAAUUUUCUCCGGAAGUAAUUUGAGCAAACUGAGUUUUGAAUAAUUUUCAACAUUUAUUGCUUUCAUUCAUGCGGCAAAAUAUAUAUUUUGUUAUUGAGCUCCUACAGAGAGCGUGCUGUGAGAGCGAAGAUUUCAGUAUGUCAAGUGUGUAAAAGGGGAAGGAUGGCAACCCUGGUCAUUCUGACAGCUAGUCAAAAUUGAAGAGAAGAACGACACACAUGUGAUUUAGAAGAAGAAGAUGUGCAGAAGAUCGGAUAUCUUUAUAACUACAGUUUAUUAGUGUUCAAUCAGCGUUUAGAGUAAUUUAAGCAAUUUAACUCUACCAUGCAUAAGUGAACACAGCAUAAAAUAA